GUGUCACCCUUCACUGGGAAAAGCGCCCUGGCCGGCCGCACUUCGGGCGGUGGAAGCGCUGUCAGCCGUGUUCUAGCGAGUGAAGUACUUUCACUCUCCCAGAGAGCGACUGUGACCCCCGAAAAACCCCCGCAGGGUUCAGCGUUCGUGACUCGGCUCGUUUACGUUAUACUGAAAAUUGUGCGUUAUAUCGAAAAGGGAUAAGCAGAAUCCCGAAGGAGCGAAGAACCAUGACUGCGGUAGAGCCUCAAGUGCAGUACACGACCACGUACGUGACGACGACCACCACGGAGGAGUACAUGAUCCAGGAGGAUGACUGGGACAGGGAUCUACUGCUGGACCCCGCCUGGGAGAAACAGCAGCGCAAGACUUUCACCGCCUGGUGUAACUCUCAUCUAAGGAAAGCCGGCACGCAGAUUGAGAACAUCGAGGAGGACUUCAGGAAUGGACUCAAGCUCAUGCUCCUCUUAGAGGUUAUUUCAGGCGAGCGGCUGCCCAAACCUGACAAAGGCAAAAUGCGCUUCCACAAGAUCGCCAAUGUGAACAAGGCCCUAGACUUCAUCUGCAGCAAAGGGGUGAAGCUGGUGUCCAUUGGUGCAGAAGAGAUCGUUGACGGCAAUGUGAAGAUGACUUUGGGAAUGAUCUGGACCAUCAUCCUGCGCUUCGCCAUCCAGGACAUCUCAGUUGAAGAAACCUCUGCAAAGGAGGGUUUGCUGCUGUGGUGCCAGAGGAAGACUGCACCAUACAGGAACGUCAAUGUUCAGAACUUCCACAUUAGCUGGAAGGACGGCCUGGCCCUCUGUGCUCUCAUCCACAGACACAGGCCGGACCUCAUCGACUACUCCAAACUGCGAAAGGACGACCCCAUCGGCAACCUCAACACUGCCUUUGAUGUGGCUGAGAAGUUCCUCGAUAUCCCCAAGAUGCUGGAUGCUGAAGAUAUUGUUAACACCCCUAAGCCUGAUGAGAAAGCUAUCAUGACCUACGUUUCCUGCUUCUACCAUGCCUUCGCUGGAGCUGAGCAGGCUGAGACGGCUGCUAACAGGAUCUGCAAGGUUCUGGCUGUGAACCAGGAGAAUGAGCGGCUGAUGGAGGAGUACGAGAAGCUGGCCAGCGAGCUGCUCGAGUGGAUCCGCCGUACCAUCCCCUGGCUGGAGAACCGAGUGGCAGAGCAGACCAUGCGCGCCAUGCAGCAGAAACUGGAGGACUUCCGUGACUACCGCCGCAUCCACAAGCCGCCGCGCGUUCAGGAGAAAUGUCAGCUGGAGAUCAACUUCAACACCCUGCAGACCAAACUGAGGCUGAGCAACCGGCCCGCCUUCAUGCCCUCUGAGGGCAAGAUGGUGUCGGACAUUGCCAAUGCUUGGAAAGGCCUGGAGCAGGUAGAGAAGGGCUACGAGGAGUGGCUGCUGACAGAGAUUCGCCGCUUGGAGAGACUGGACCACCUGGCUGAGAAGUUCAAGCAGAAGUGCGGCCUGCACGAGUCCUGGACUGCAGGGAAGGAGGAGCUGCUAACACAGAAGGACUACGAGUCGGCUUCCCUGAUGGAGAUUCGUGCCUUGAUGAGGAAACAUGAAGCGUUUGAAAGCGAUCUGGCCGCCCACCAGGACAGAGUGGAGCAGAUUGCGGCCAUUGCUCAGGAGCUCAAUGAGCUGGACUACCACGAUGCUGCCACCAUCAAUGCCCGGUGCCAGGGAAUCUGUGACCAGUGGGACAACUUCGGCACCCUGACCCAGAAAAGGAGAGAUGCUCUGGAGCGUGUUGAGAAGCUGUGGGAGACCAUUGACCAGCUGUACCUGGAGUUUGCUAAGAGGGCGGCGCCCUUCAAUAACUGGAUGGAUGGAGCGGUAGAGGACCUUCAGGACAUGUUCAUCGUGCACAGCAUCGAGGAGAUCCAGAGUUUGAUCACAGCCCAUGAUCAGUUCAAGGCCACUCUGCCCGAGGCCGACAAGGAGCGCAUGGCGAUCAUGGGAAUCCAGAACGAGAUUCUGAAGAUUGCCCAGACAUACGGCAUCAAGCUGUCUGGUAUAAACCCAUACACUAACCUCUCCCACCAGGACAUUAGCACCAAGUGGGAAACUGUGAAGCACCUUGUUCCGCUCAGAGACCAAAUGUUGCAGGAGGAGGUGGCAAGACAGCAGGCCAACGAGAGACUCAGGCGUCAAUUUGCAGCUCAGGCUAAUAUCAUUGGACCCUGGAUUCAAACGAAGAUGGAGGAGAUCGGUCGCGUCUCAGUUGACAUCGCUGGCUCCCUCGAGGAACAGAUGAACAACCUGAAGACGUAUGAGCAGAACAUUAUCAACUACAAGUCCAACAUUGACAAGCUGGAAGGAGACCACCAGCUCAUCCAGGAGGCUCUUAUCUUUGACAACAAGCACACCAACUACACCAUGGAGCAUAUCCGUGUUGGCUGGGAGCAGCUUCUCACCACCAUCGCUCGCACCAUCAACGAGGUGGAGAACCAGAUCCUGACCAGAGAUGCCAAGGGCAUCAGCCAGGAGCAGCUGAAUGAAUUCAGGGCCUCCUUCAACCACUUCGAUAGGAAGAGGAACGGUAUGAUGGACCCAGACGACUUCCGCGCCUGCCUGAUCUCCAUGGGCUACGAUCUCGGUGAGGUGGAGUUUGCCCGCAUCAUGACGCUGGUCGACCCCAACAACACCGGCGUGGUCACCUUCCAGGCCUUCAUCGACUUCAUGACCCGAGAGACUGCCGAGACCGACACCGCCGAACAGGUCAUGGCUUCCUUCAAGAUCCUGGCGUCGGACAAGAAUUACAUCACAGUGGAGGAGCUGCGCAGGGAGCUGCCACCGGAGCAGGCCGAGUACUGCAUCAGCCGCAUGACCAAGUUCGUCGGGGUCGAUGCCCCCACCGGCGCCCUGGACUACAUCUCAUUCUCCAGCGCCCUUUACGGAGAGAGCGACCUGUAAACACCCUGCCCGCUCGCUCCAUCCCCCCUGCCCCCGGCCCCCUGUCUCCGUACCCUUUAUAGCUACCAUGCUGUCUGCUCCGGUUCCUUGUGCCCCAGUUUUGAAACCUGCCUCUUGGGACUGGGAGGCUGUGCUCCAUAGCCACAUUGUAGUGGUCAUACUGGUGUUUUUUUCCCCUCAUAUUACAAUAAAGAUCAGUUACAUCCCCUCCCCAAAUUUAAAAUUGCUUUUUUUCUUGGCCCACAGUUAGUCACACAAUGAUUUAUCGGCCAAUUGCCAUAAAUACUGCAGAUCACAAGCAGGCGAGUCUCACAUAUAAAAUGUUUUCUCGUGGUAAUUAUGAGCAAAGCCACCCAGUCCCUGUUUUAAAGGCAUGUCCUCCUCUUAGAUGCUGAUUGUUGGUUGGUUAUUGUUUUUGCCGACGUCCACUGUCUUCUAAGCAUUGUCUGUACGACACCCCCUUGUUGCCGUGUAAUUAAGCUGCCGGUUACAUGGUUACAUCCAAGUGCAUCAGAUCCUCUCGUCAGGAAUAACGGCUGAAUGUUUAUUAACUGUUAAGUGAUUAUGGUUUUCUUAAGAACAGCGGGGAAAACCCGGAAUCAUUUUCUGGUGGUUUUGAGAACGUAGAUGGGAAUGGCUGUCAAAUUAGCAGGAAAAGCGUGCAGGCCAAGCGGAAUGGUAAUGAAAGAAAUAUAUGAUCUGGAAGGAAGGAGGUUGAGCCGGAAGCCGCUUCACUCAGCUGUGGGACGUGUGACCAAAGCAUCCCGAGAUCUGGAGCUGGAUGCAGAGGGCCGUUGUUCUUUGGAAACGGUGUUAUAUAACCAUUGUACGUUUGUUAUAGACACGUUUUCUCUCCAUCUCAUGUUUAUUUGCUAAAGGGACAAUGCUUUUUGUAUGUCUGGUGUGCGAGAAAAUGUGAACUAAAAGUUUUAAGCAUGGGGAUGUGUAGUUGGGACCCUGUGUUACUGAAGAGUGCUUACAGUCAGAUUGACAAGACAACCGUCAGCAGGGCUGCAAGACCUGCCAGUGGAGUAGAAGUGGGACCCAGAGAACAGAGGUUGGCUGACAACUGUUCAGAUGCCAUCUCUGGCUCUGGUUCUCUGAGAAACGUGUCCCUCUCUGUACUGCUGCCUGAGUGCUGCCCCCCCCCCCCAAGCCUGACCUGCACUUCUUGCUUCCUGUGAUGACAUAAGAGGCCUUCAUUGGUUCAAAUGGAUGUGACACCUUGGAAUAAAAAUGAAUCUAUAUGACAACA